AUGACUGAUUGUCGUACCUCAGGACAAUACUACUACAUCGAGGCGUCAUCCCCAAGAGUUCAGGGAGAGCGAGCACAUCUCGUCAGCCAGACCUUUUCUGGCUCUACGGGUACGAGCCAAUGCCUGUCCUUCUGGUACCACAUGUACGGUGUGGGAACGGGCGCGCUCAGGGUCCGCACACAGAUCAACGGAGUGGAUACUGUAAGAUGGGCUCUGACUGGGGACCAGGGGAACCAGUGGAGGAAUGGCCAAGUCAGUGUUGGGGAAGCAGGAGACUAUCAGGUUAUCAUUGAGGGUGAGAUAGGCACUACUUUCCGUAGUGACAUAUCGCUGGACGACGUCGGGUUCACAGCCGGACCAUGUUCAGUUCUUCCCGCCAAUGCUGCUCCUGUAGUACCAACAACUGCUGGGCCAACCAUGUUACCUACAACAGCCAUCGCACAAACAGCUCCAACUGAUGCCCCUGGUGGCGUGAACUGUAACUUUGAACGGAACGUGUGCGCCUGGACACAGGUGACAACAGACGACUUUGAUUGGACCCGUGACAACAGCGGCACACCUUCUGCAAACACAGGACCUGCUAUGGACCACACUGUUGGCACAAGCCAGGGGUACUACCUGUACAUAGAAGCCUCAAACAAGGGGACAGGUGACAUAGCCCAGGUCUCCAGUCCCGACAUCACAGCGACGCGCCCCAAGUGUUUCCGCUUCUGGUACCACAUGUGGGGGAACACCAUGGGCAGUCUCAACGUGUACAUCCAGACUGGCCCCGCCCUGCCCAGCAGUGCUGUGUGGACACGCAGCGGGGACCAAGGCAACCAGUGGAGAGAGGCUGCAAUAGACAUCUACAAUCUACAGUAUAAUAUUCUGUUUGAGGCAGUGCGAGGGACAGAUGUGAGGAGCGAUAUCGCUUUGGAUGACGUGACUCUCACGGAUGGGCUGUGUGAUGCUCCAGUGACCUCUGGCAACACCUGUGACUUUGAGACAGCUGACAUCUGCAGGUUCUCCCAGGACACUGCUGAUGACUUUGACUGGACCAGGAAAACUGGUAGCACCGGGUCUGGCAGUACAGGACCCUCCCAGGAUCACACUCUAGGCACAGGGUACUACAUGUACACAGAGGCUUCUGGCAAGCAGCAGGGAGAUGUGGCUCGCUUGUUGUCACCUCAGCAGACUGCUGAUCCCAGUGGGCAAUGUCUGCAGUUCUACUACCACCUGUAUGGAACCCAGAUUGGGACCCUAAACGUCUACACCCAGGUCGGGACAACUGCAGGCAGACCCUUGUUUACCAGGUCAGGUGACCAGGACGACCAAUGGCACUUUGCCAUGGUGGACAUCCCCGAAACAAGCAACUACCAGGUUGUGUUUGAGGGCAUCAUUGGUGCUGGGGUGCGGGGCGACAUCGCCAUCGAUGAUGUGACGAUAUCCUAUGGGCUCUGCCCUAACGGUCCAGCUGUCCCCCCUACCCUCUGUGACUUUGAGCUGGACGUGAUCUGUCUGUACACCCAAGAUCAAAGUGACGACUUCAACUGGAGAUAUGACAGUGGUGGCACCAGCUCAGGCAGCACUGGGCCUGCAGUGGACCACACCUAUGGAACUGCAGCAGGACAUUACAUGUACACGGAGGCAUCCAGCCCGAGGACUCCAGGUGAUGUGGCUCGUCUGCUGUCUCACCUGUACCUGAACAACACCCUGGGACAGUGUCUGGACUUCUGGUACCACAUGUAUGGCAAUCAGAUAGGCACCCUGAAUAUCUAUGCCAGGACAGGCAGCACCUACAGCAACGUGCUGUGGUCUAUGUCAGCUGACCAGGGCAACCAGUGGAACCGUGCACAGGUUGACCUCCCUGUUGAUGCAGUGUACCAGGUGGUGUUUGAGGGAAUUGUUGGGACAGGUGUGAGAGGGGACAUCGCUAUUGAUGAUGUCAACAUUCUACCUGGAGCCUGUCCUCGCCCUGGAAACUGUAAUUUUGAGACUGCUGGGAACAGACUGUGCACCUGGUCCAACGACCAGACCAACGAUGAGUUUGACUGGAUCGAGGGCAGCGGUUCAACCUCCAGUACAGGAACAGGACCUUCUGCAGACCACACUCUGGGGGAUCAGACAGGUUUCUACAUGUUCCUGGAGGCGUCCAGUCCUCGGCAGCCGGGUGACCGUGCCCGGCUGGUCAGCGAGUUGUUUCCACCGGUGUCCAGCUUUGGCCGCUGCCUGAGGUUCUGGUACCACAUGAAUGGAGCUGACAUCGGAACCCUCAGGGUCUCUCUGAAGGCACAGGGCCAGACAGAGCAGCCCAUCUGGGAGCUGUCCGGAGACAAGGGUGACCAGUGGCUGAACGCACAAGUUGGCAUCAGCAGCAACAACGACUACACGAUCAUCUUGGAAGGUGUUCGAGGCCAGUCCCACCGUGGAGACAUUGCUGUGGAUGAUGUCACCUUUGUCGACUCAAACUGCAACUUGAGUCCUGCAGAUGCAGUACCUGGAGCACCAACAGUGCCAGCAACAACAUUAGCUGCAGUAACAGCAGCUCCAGGUCUAUUUGACUGUACCUUUGAGACAAACCUAUGUGGCUGGACUCAGGACACCCAGGAUAACUUUGACUGGACACGGCAGCUCGGAGCAACAGGCUCCUCCAACACUGGGCCUUCCUUUGACCACACAAUAGGGGACCAAACUGGCUACUACAUCUUCAUCGAGACUUCAAGCCCACAAGUCGCCGGGGACAGGGCACGAGUGUACAGUCCCACAGUCGUCCCCACCUCUACGAUGUGCCUACACUUCUGGUACCACAUGUACGGCGAGCACAUCGAGACGCUGAACGUGUACAUACAGACAGGCCCCGCUCUGCCGACCAUCCCUACCUUCCAGAGGACGGGCACACAGGGGGACCAGUGGACUCAGGCUGAAGUAGAAGUGAACACCACUAGCCCUUACCAGGUUGUGAUGGAGGGCGUCCGUGGUACCGGCUUUCGAGGAGACAUUGCUCUAGAUGACAUCACCAUGACAACAGGCCCGUGUACCACAGGCACCAGUUAUGGGAUCAACUGUGAUUUUGAAGACAGUAACAUUUGUGGGUACGUACAGAAGACAGAUGACCAGUUUGACUGGACAUGGCAGACUGGGUCAACCGGCACCACUAACACUGGACCUCCGAGUGACCAUACUCUGGGCACACCAGCUGGUCAUUACAUGUACAUUGAGGCCUCCUCACCAAGGCAACCUGGAGACAUUGCUGUCCUGACCACACCCACUGUUCCCGGGGACAACCGCCAACACUGUCUACAAUUUUACUAUCACAUGUUUGGCGUGGACAUUGGCACACUUAGGCUGUGGGAGGUACGGGGAACUGAGCAACCACGCAUAGUUUGGGAGAUGUCAGGUGACCAGGGCAACCAAUGGGCAGCCAUGCAGUGGGCCGUGACCCCGAGCAUUGACACCUACUUCUUGUUCGAGGGUAUCCGUGGAAACAGUUUCCGUGGCGACAUCUCCAUUGAUGAUGUCACCUACCUUAACGACAGGUGUAUCGGUGCUUCCACAGGUAAUUGUGACUUUGAAGCUGGUCCAUGCACAUGGUCCAACACCCAGGUGGGUGACGACUUUGACUGGACAGAAGGAUCUGGCAGCACUGCUAGCACCGGGACUGGACCAUCCAUUGACCACACCACAAACUCAGACCAAGGAAAGUACAUGUUUAUUGAGUCAUCUGCACCAACCCAACCUGGGCAGAAUGCCCGCUGGCAGAGUGAGCAGUUCCCAGCCACAGCAGGCUCCACCAGGUGUAUCAAGUUCUGGUACCACAUGUACGGAAGUGGGAUCGGAACCAUGAAUGUUCUAAUCCAGGAACAGGGCCUUCCUGACAGGAUCCUCUGGCAACUGGCCAGCAACCAAGGAGACCAGUGGUCAGAUGGUCAAGUGGAGUUCACCAGUCUGGACUCCUAUAGGAUUGUGUUUGAGGCUGUUCGAGGGCUCAGCCACACUGGUGACAUAGCCAUAGAUGAUAUCACCUUCGAGGAAAGUGGAUGUAAUCUGAAACCCAUAGCUGCCAACCCACCGACAUCUCCAACUCUGGCACCCACAUCAGCCACAACGGGCACCUUUGACUGUGACUUUGACACGGACCUGUGUGGCUGGAUUCAGGCCGUGGAUGAUGAGUUUGACUGGAUCCGUCAGAAUGGGGGGACUGGAAGCACCAACACCGGCCCAACAUCAGACCACACGUCAGGCAAUGGUUUCUAUGUAUUUAUCGAGACCUCAGCCCCCCAAGUGACCGGAGACAAGGCUCGCCUGGUCAGCCCCCUGGUCACUCCCACAGGCACCAAGUGUCUGACCUUCUGGUAUCACAUGUACGGAGACAACGUGGACAGUCUGAACGUGUAUGUACAGACUGGACCAGUGGUGGGUCAGCCCAUCUGGACUAAUUCAGGCACACAGGGGAACCAGUGGAACCUGGGACAGGUGGACAUACCAAGCAGCAGUCAGUACAAUAUGGUGUUUGAAGGUGUAAGAGGAAAUGGGUUCAGAGGAGACAUUGCCGUAGAUGAUGUGACAAUGACUGAUGGAUCCUGCUUUGGAGCUACAGUAAGCCCUCAGGCUGUGUGUGGUUUUGAGGACUCCAGACUGUGUGGCUUCACCAAUGACGGUGGAGACAUCUUUGACUGGACCUGGCAGACUGGAGGGACCGGCACUGUUAACACUGGACCCACAGUGGACCACACUUAUGGCACUAGUGCUGGUCAUUUUGUUUUCAUUGAGACCUCGAGCCCACGUGUUCCCGGUGACAACGCCAUAUUCCUGUCUCCCACCUAUCCCACCUCCUCACCAAACUACUGUGUGGAGUUCUACUACCACAUGUUUGGUACAAACAUCGGCACACUCAAUGUCUAUGCCAAGAAGAAUGGUAACCUGGGACCAGCUCUGUGGACUCUAUCUGGUGACCAGGGCGACAUAUGGGUUAUGGCACAGGUGACAGUGACAGCUGACAACCCAUUCCAAGUAGCUUUUGAAGGUGUCCGUGGUGCUAGUUACCGUGGUGAUAUUGCCCUGGAUGACAUCAGUAUAGUCCCUGGAGGAUGUGGUACCCCAGGCACCUGUGACUUUGAAAGUGGACUGUGCACCUGGACCAAUGACUUAACCGGAGACGACUUUGACUGGGUUACAGGAAGUAAAAACUCAGCAACUACCCAGACAGGACCCUCGACUGAUCACACCACGCAGAAUGACACAGGAACAUACCUGUACCUGGAGGCCUCCUCUCCAAGGCUACCGGGUGAUGUGGCCAGAUUGGUCAGCGAGGCUUUCCCAGUGGCAACUGGUCGGUGUCUGUCCUUCUGGUACCACAUGUUUGGUAGCGGAAUGGGGACCCUACGCAUUGUUCUCCACGAGACACAGAGUAGACCAGUAUCAAUGUGGGAGGUAACAGGAGACCAGGGAGACCAAUGGCUACAGGGACAGGUACCUCUGACAACCUCAACGUCAUUCCAGAUCUACGUCGAAGGUGUUCGAGGUGCCGACUAUAGGAGUGACGCUGCCAUUGAUGACAUUGAGUAUACCAGCACAGCUUGUACAUUGAUGCCAGCAGGUGCCACGCCUGCAACCCCUACUGGAACAGUACCGACAACCCCAGCCUUCACAGGACCUACACCAACCCCGGGGCCGUUUGACUGUGACUUUGAGUCGGGUCUGUGUGGGUGGCUACAGCUGACCGAUGAUGACUUCAACUGGAGCAGGAACCAGGGUGUUACUGGCAGCUCCAACACUGGGCCUUCUUCUGACCACACCACAGGAAAUGGCUACUACAUCUACAUUGAGGCCAGCGGACAGUCCACCAAUAGGACAGCUCGGGUCAUGAGUCCACUAGUGAUGCCAGCCAGUCGGAACUGCCUGCAGUUCUGGUACCACAUGUACGGAGACGAUGUCGGAACCCUAAAUGUCUACACCAGAGUUGGGAGCAUAGUUGGUGAUCCUUUAUGGACGCGAUCAGGAACCAACGGAGACCGCUGGGUGUUGGCACAGGUUCCCGUCGUCGGCCUGACCAUGUACAGCGUGGUGCUGGAGGGAGUGCGAGGAGACGGUUUCCGUGGAGACAUCGCUGUGGAUGACGUGGCCAUGCUGACAGGAGACUGCCCCCCUGUUGUGGUGACCCCCAGCCCCAGUGCCCCUCCCACCUCUGUGACGUGUAACUUUGAGAGCGUCAGCAUCUGUGGAUACCAACAGAGCCAGGCGGAUGACUUUGACUGGACAAGAGGCUCGGGAGGAACUGGUACCACCAACACUGGACCUGCAACUGACCACACUCUGGGAACCAACAAUGGUUACUACAUGUACAUCGAAACCUCAUCCCCUCGACAGCCUGGAGACAAGGCUGUCCUGCGGACCCCAUCCUUCCCUCAGGGAAACCAGGCGCAGUACUGUGUGGAGUUCUACUACCACAUGUUUGGAGACCACAUCGGGGAACUGAAGGUCUUCUAUGUCCCAACUCAACAGGGCAGCUUUGCUUCACCAAUGUGGGAGCUCUCUGGAGACCAGGGUGACCACUGGUACCUGGGGCAGGUCACUGUUCAGGGAGACCAGGACUUCUAUGUGGAGUUCGAGGCUGUUCGAGGACAGAGUUUCCGUGGUGAUAUCGCCAUUGAUGACGUGACUGUCAGAAACGGAGCAUGCAGUGACCCAGGAUCAUGUGAUUUUGAGAAUGGACCUUGUACCUACACCAAUGACCCCAACGAUGACUUUGACUGGACAGAGAACUCGGGAAGUACAGGUAGUACCAACACUGGACCUACCACAGACCACACCACUGGAACUGCACAAGGCACCUACUACUACAUUGAGACCUCAGCACCAAGACAACCUGGCGACGUGGCUCGCUUUGUCAGCCAGGAGUUUGCUCCAACAGCAGGGACAAGCUACUGUCUGUCCUUCUGGUACCACAUGUUGGGGAACGGUGUGGGAGCCCUGCAUGUGGUCAUCAAGGAGAAGUCAGGGCCCGAGAUCUACGUCUGGAGCCUGUUUGGUUCCCAGGGCAACCAGUGGCUGCAGGCUAAGGUCCCCGUUUCCAGCAAUGAUAUCUGGCAGAUUUCAUUUGAUGGAUCGCGAGGAAGCAAUAUUCGUGGAGACAUUUCCAUUGAUGACAUUGUCCUGCAAAUGCAACCUGUGCAGGGUUGUACAUUGCAACCGUCAGGUGCCACGCCUGCCCCUCCGACCAUGUCACCUACACAGUCAUCUUUGACCAUAGACUGUAGCUUUGAGAAUGACACCUGUGGUUGGAGACAGGCCACAGACGAUGACUUUGACUGGAGUCGCCAACAAGGAUCAACCGACACCACACAGACAGGGCCUGGUGCAGACCACACAACUGGCAAUGGCUACUAUGUCUUUAUAGAAACCUCCACUCCCCAAGUCCAAGGGGACGCAGCGCGGCUCGUCAGUCCGUACGUGAGCCCCGGCACUAACAUGUGCCUUAAGUUCUGGUACCACAUGUACGGCACACACGUGGACACACUCAACGUGUACGUCCAGACUGGGCCGGCUCUGGGAACUGCUGUGUGGACUCGGACUGGCACACAGGGAGACCAGUGGUUUGAAGGGCUGGUGCAGGUUACCGCUAGUGGGCAGUACAAUCUUGUGUUUGAAGGUACCAGGGGAGCAUCUUACAGAGGUGACAUCGCUCUAGAUGAUGUCACUUUUGUUCCUGGUGACUGUCCUCAAGUUGUGGUGACCCCUGCCCCAAGCUCAGCCCCUACCACCCAGACAUGUGACUUUGAGAACCAGAACCUGUGUGGGUACACCCAGGACGGCACAGAUGACUUUGACUGGACAUGGGCCACUGGAGGAACAGGCACAACCAGUACUGGGCCAAGUGCUGAUCACACCUACGGUACUCCAACAGGUCAUUACAUGUACACAGAGACCUCCAGCCCUCGCGUGCCAGGUGACGUGGCUCGGUUGAUCUCUCCUGCGUUCCAAAGCUCAGUGAACUCGUACUGUGCAGAGUUCUGGUACCACCUGUACGGACAGCACAUUGGAACACUGAACGUCUACACCAAACGGCAGGGGAACCUGGGUACAGCAGUGUGGAGCAUGUCAGGAGAUCAGGGAGAUCAGUGGUAUGUAGCAUCUGUCACCCUGGAUGGCACAACAGACUUCCAGCUCGUGUUUGAGGGUGUGCGUGGUCAGUCAUUCCGAGGUGAUAUCGCCAUCGACGAUGUCACAGUCAGUAGCGGAGCAUGUGUUGCACCAGGUGACUGUGACUUUGAAAAUGGCCCCUGCACCUGGACCAACACUCAGACUGGCGAUGAGUUUGACUGGAUCGAGGGGUUAGGAGCGACGUCCAGCCCCAGCACUGGACCCCCCUCAGACCACACUCUGGGAACUGCCCAAGGUACAUACAUGUACAUCGAGAGCUCCACUCCUCGCGUGCCUGGGGAUCGGGCUCGGUGGGAAAGCCAGCUGUUCCCUGGCUCCCAGCAGUCGCGCUGCAUGAGUUUCUGGUACCACAUGCGAGGGCCGGACAUUGGGACACUGACCGUGUACGUGAACUCUGGGUCAUCAGACCAGACAGUGUGGCAGCUCUCCGGUGACAAGGGCAACCAGUGGCUCAAUGGCAAGGUUACAGUCAGCAGUGCAACCUCAUACCAGGUUGUGUUUGAAGCUGUGCGAGGCUCCGGUUACCAGGGUGACAUCGCUCUCGAUGAUCUGAGCUUCACAGAUGGCACAUGUGCAAUAAUGCCUGUAGCAGCCACCCCAGGAGGUGGGCCUACCAGUGUACCAGCCUCCACAGCAGCCCCAGGACCGUUCAACUGUGACUUUGAGGUUGACAUAUGUGGGUGGAGACAGGCUGACGAUGACAACUUUGACUGGACCAGACACCAGGGGAGCACCGGCACCACUGACACUGGACCUAGUGCUGACCACACCACUGGAAGUGGCUAUUACAUCUACAUCGAGGCAUCCAAUGUGGCUGUUAAUCGUACUGCCCGAGUGAUUAGUCCCCCUGUUACCGCCACCACGGCCAAAUGCGUCCAGUUCUGGUACCACAUGUACGGUCAGCACGUGGACACACUCAACGUGUACAUACAGACGGGUCCGUCUCUGGGCAGCGUGGUGUGGAUGCGCACAGGCACACAGGGUGACAAUUGGAACUACGGGCAGAUUGACAUCACAGCAGGAACUUCAUUCAAUGUUGUUUUUGAAGCUAUCCGCGGAUCUGGAUACCGUGGUGACAUUUCACUGGAUGACAUCUCUAUUGUGGACAGCAGCUGCACACAAGGUAUGAUCAAGGAUAGAAAAAUGCAGGAGUCCUAG